GCAACAGCUAGACUAGACUGGUAGAAGAGCUAGACUGCUAGAGCCUAGAGCCGCCGCGUCCCGCGUGCGUCGUGCGGCGCUCUCCCGAUCCCGAGUGCAUGCUACCUCACCUGCGUGUGCGCCGCGUUUCAACUCGAGAAAGAAGACACACCGUCGCGGCGCACGCGGCCUCUGGUUUCUGAUUUCCUGGUUACCCUUUCCCUCCCUGCAUUUGCCUUUCAGAUCAGGCGGCAGCACCUUCCUCUCCUCCCCUUCCCUUCCGUCUCAUCUUCGUUCCCUUCCGGGGUCAUCCCUUCCGUCCUCCUCCUACCAAGUCCCAAGGCCGCGAGACAGACAGACAGACAGACAGAAAGAGAGAGCAGAGCAGACAAUGGCGACGCUCGAGGACCUGGGCGUCUCCGCCUUCAUCAACAUCCUGGGCGCCUUCGUCUUCCUGCUCCUCUUCGCCGUCCUCCGCAUCCAGCCCGUCAACGACCGCGUCUACUUCCCCAAGCUCUACCUCGCGCACAAGCGCCACCAGCACGACCACGCCGCCCGCUCCGCCUUCCGCCGCUUCGUCAACCUCAACCUCUGCACCUACGUCACCUUCCUCAGCUGGGUGCCCGGCGCGCUCCGCAUGUCCGAGCCGGACCUCGUCGCCCACGCCGGGCUCGACUCCGCCGUCUACCUUAGAAUCUACACGCUCGGCCUCAAGAUAUUUCUGCCCAUUACGACUCUCGCCCUUCUGGUUCUUAUCCCAGUCAACGUAUCUGGCGGCACAUUACUUGAUCUAAGAAAGGAAGUUGUUUUCAGUGAUAUCGAUAAGCUUUCCAUAUCAAAUGUUAGCCCUGGAUCCAACAGAUUCUUUAUCCAUCUCUUGAUGGCAUAUGUGUUCACAUUCUGGGUGUGCUUUAUGCUGUACAAAGAAUACAGCAAUGUAGCAUUUAUGAGGUUGCAUUUCCUGGCUUCCCAGAAGCGCUGUGCCGAUCAUUUCACAGUGAUUGUUAGAAACAUUCCUCGUGUCUCAAGUCAUUCAACUUCUGAAACAGUGGAUGAGUUCUUCCGAAGAAAUCACCCAGACCACUAUCUUGGUCAUCAGCCUGUUUACAAUGCAAAUCGGUAUGCUAAACUUGUGAAGCAAAAGGAGAGGCUCCAAAACUGGUUGGAUUACUACGAACUGAAGUUCGAAAGGCAUCCUGAGAGAAGACCAACAAGACGGACAGGAUGCCUUGGUUUCUGUGGCAGGGAAGUGGAUCAAAUAGACUACUACCGGGCUAGAAUCAGCGAGCUUGAGAGGAGGAUGACAUCAGAACGACAGAAAAUUCUCAAUGACCCAAAAGCUGUUAUGCCAGUUUCUUUUGUGACAUUUGACUCGAGAUGGGGUGCGGCUGUGUGUGCACAGACACAACAGUCAAAGAACCCAACCCAAUGGUUGACUGAUUGGGCUCCUGAACCGCGGGAUGUUUAUUGGCAAAAUCUUGCCAUCCCAUUUUUCUCUCUCAGUAUCCGCAGGUUUCUGAUGUCUGUCGCUGUCUUUGCUCUAGUGUUUUUCUACAUGAUCCCCAUCGCGUUUGUUCAAUCGCUUGCCAAUCUCGAGGGUCUUGAAAAAGUUGCUCCUUUUCUGAAGCCAGUAAUAGAAGCACAUGUGGUAAAAUCUUUCCUUCAGGGAUUUCUUCCUGGUCUGGCUCUGAAGAUUUUUCUCUAUAUUCUCCCUACUGUCCUGCUAAUCAUGUCAAAGGUUGAAGGCUAUGUCUCUUUAUCCUCGCUGGAAAGGAGGACUGCUUCGAAAUAUUACUACUUCAUGCUGGUGAACGUAUUUCUUGGAAGCAUAAUCGCUGGCACAGCAUUUGAACAGCUAUAUUCGUUUCUCCACCAGCCUCCUACACAAAUACCAAGGACCAUUGGGGUAGCUAUACCAAUGAAAGCCACAUUUUUCAUGACAUACGUAAUGGUAGAUGGCUGGGCUGGUAUUGCUAACGAGAUCCUUCGAGUGAAGGCUCUGGUGAUAUACCAUCUGAAGAACAUGUUCAUCGUGAAGACGGAGAGGGACAGGGAUCGGGCGAUGGAUCCCGGCAGCAUAGGACUCGGAGAAAACCUCCCGUCCCUUCAGCUGUAUUUCCUCCUCGGCCUCGUGUACGCCGUCGUUACCCCGCUUCUCCUGCCGUUUAUAAUCGUCUUCUUCGCCUUUGCUUUCCUCGUCUACAGACACCAGAUCAUCAACGUGUACAAUCAGGAGUACGAGAGUGCUGCUGCGUUCUGGCCUCAGGUGCACUCCCGGAUAAUAGCUAGCCUACUCAUCUCUCAUGUAACUCUGUUUGGGUUGAUGAGCACAAAGGAAGCUGCGUACUCCACCCCUCUGCUCAUCUUCCUGCCUCUGCUGACGAUCUGGUUCCACAAAUACUGCAAGAGCCGGUUCGAACCAGCUUUCAGAAAGUAUCCUCUUGAGGAAGCAAUGGCGAAGGACACCAUGGAGCACGCAUCGGAGCCUAACCUGAACCUGGAAUCCUUCCUGGCUAACGCUUACCUGCACCCCAUCUUCCGCCUUUUCGAGGAAGCCGGGAAAGAGGAGGAGACGGUGGAGGUGAGGAUCGACAAAGCCGAGAAGCAGCAGCAUCGCCAUGAGGAGGACGAGGCUCACGCGAGGAGCUCGUCGCAGUACCGGGAGGAGGAGACUCACUUCAGGAGCACGCACGAGACGCAUUACCACCACGAGGAGAGCCACGUCAGCAGGAGCACCCAGUAUCAUGAGGGCAUCCACGUGAGGAGCGACACGGACUCGCCGUCGCCGCCACACUUCGUCUACCACUACGACAUCCAGCAGUGAUGAUGUCGUCUCUAACUUUGUUUUCCUGGGUGUCUUGUGAAUGCUUCUCUUGGCUAACCUGUCCAGCCCCCCCCCCCCCCCCCCCCCCCCCCCCAAGAGGUUUGCUAAAGUCGCUGAUGAUUGAUGAAUUGUUGCGUGUACAUGCAGGGUAGGGUCUAGUGUUGUAGUGACUGUAAAAGUUCUGGUGUGCCAUGGGACCUGAACAUUGAUUCCAUGCAGGAAAAAAAAGAAGUGGAUGAAUCAAGUUGAGUAUUGCGUGGUAUACAUGAGAAUGUCUUCAUAA